AUGCGUCUCCCCUCGGAAUAUACCCCACCGGCACGUCGGAUCCCACCGGCACCACCGAGCCCUCCGGCACCGCAUCCCCACCGCCGAGGGCUACGUCAUCGUGUCCCCGACUCGUGCCCUCCCGCCGUGCGGCCCGCCGGAAACCCCAUCGGCCAGAGCAACGCCGAGUACACCGAGACCACCGGCCUCGAGUACCUGCAGUACCCCGACACCCGCUUCGCCAUCCACAACAGCACCCAGGGCACCUUCUACCUCGACAUGUCUGACGCCCGCCAGCUCGCCGUCUCCGACGAGGACGGCGACACCCUCAUCAUCUACGAGAACGGCACCUACGCCCUCUACGUCGGCAACUGCGAGGCCGCCGUCAUCGGCACCUGGCUCGACCCGGCCGAGGGCGCCCCCGUGACCAAGCGCGAGGUCGGCCUCCUCGCCAACCGUGAUAUCGGCAGCGCCCUGUGCAAGGAUAUCCAGUUCUUCUGCCACGAGACCCUCGGCCAGGCCAUCCUCGCCAUCGGCGCCGACCGCUUCUGCAACGCCGUCGGCGCCACCGUCGGCUCGCGCAUCGGCGGCGCCAUCGGCUUCCUCGGAAACGCCCUCGGCCCCGAGGUCGGCAUCCCCACCACCAUCAUCGGCACCGUCCUCGGCAAGAAGUACGGCCCCGUCCUCUGCGCCGGCGCCAUGGGUGCCCUGCUGUUCAACAUGUGCGGUCUCUGCCCCAAGGUCGAGGAGUGCGGCGAGGGCACCAUCAAGUGCAGCGAAACCGGCCCUUGCCAGGACGGCCUCAGCGAUCCUAACAACUGCGGUGCUUGCGGCGUUGUGUGCCCCUCUGGCCGCUGCCGAAAUGGACAGUGCACCCAACCCACCUGCAACCAGAGCGUCUGCGGAAGCCUCUCCAACUGCGACGGCAGCUGCUACUGCUUCACCACCGCCGGCGGCACCGGCUUCUGCGGUCCCAGCACGCCCUGCGCGGGCCUAGCCGACUGCACCUCCGACUUCGACUGCGCCCAGGGCUCCAUCUGCGCCGUCGGUACCUGCUGCGGCAGGAAUGUCUGCCACCCGCCCUGCACCCUGCUCGCCCGCCGGGAACUGCCCAGCCUCGACGCCAACCACACAGACGAGAUGUACACCAACGGCUGGGGUGGUAUCAUGAAUGCGCCCGAGGUCCUCUUCUCGUAA